AUGACCUCUCCAACCUCUGCCCAGCAUCCAGCAGCUGAGAAUGCCCACAGAAUCACACUCGGACAAGUUAGCCAGGUGCGACCCAAACUGCCGCUUCUGAAGAUUCUGCAGGCUGCAGGCGCCCAAGGUGAAACCUUCACGCUGAAGGAGGUUAUGCAUUACCUAGGACAGUAUAUAAUGGUGAGGCAGCUCUAUGACAAAAGACAGCAGCACAUGGUCUAUUGUGGAGGAGAUCAGCUAGGAGAACUGCUGGGACUGGAGAGCUUCUCUGUAAAAGAUCCAAGCCCAGUCUAUGACAUGUUGAAACGGAACCUGACUUCUGCUGCAAUGGCAGAUGCUGCACAGAAUCUCGCAAAGGAACAGAGCGUCGAUAAGCCAAGCCAAGACCAGCUGAAGUUUAGCCAGCAAGAAGGUUCUGACACUGCCAUCAUGGAGGGUGAAAGCAAUGCUUCUGCUUUGUCUACCUCAGAGCAAAAAUGUGAGAAUUAUGAAGACAAAGACUUAAUAGAAAACCUCUCUAAAAGCAAGAAGCCUAAACUGGACCUAGUGUUUGAGGAAUGGGAUGUAGCUGGUCUUCCAUGGUGGUUUUUAGGCAACCUCAGAAGCAAUUACAAGUCCAGAAGUAAUGGAUCAACAGAUAUUCAGACUAACCAGGACAUAGACACUGCCGUUGUUUCGGAUACUACUGAUGACUUGUGGUUCCUCAACGAAUGCCCGUCGGAUCAGAGCAGUGCUGCAGUCAAGGUGGAAACGGUUGACUGCGAGGAAGUGAAAGAAGGUGACAAAAAGGUGACUGAGGAUGCAUGUUUGCAUGACCUUGAGGAUUCUCAAUGCUUAAGUGAUGACACAGAUACAGAAGCUACUUCUGAGGACUGUUGGCAAUGCACCAAAUGCAAGAAAUUUAACUCUCCAGGAAAACGGUACUGUUACCGCUGCUGGGCCUUACGGAAAGACUGGUAUUCAGAUUGUCCCAAACUGGCUCAUUCUCUUUCUCUGUCCAGCAUUGAUGCUAUGCAAAACAAAAAUGACGAUGACGGGAUCGAUGUCCCGGACUGCCGAAGGACUAUUUCUGCUCCAGUUGGCCAACCCAAAGACCUGUACGUGGUAGAAAACAAGUCACGUGUAGAUCCCUGCAGCUCUAUUGACUCUUUGGAUUUGGCACAAGAAUGUGAAAGCAAGGAGUCUCUGUUGCACUUCACUGAGCAUAAAAAGGAGGAAGAAAUACAGUCUUUAGAGAGUAUAAAAAAAUUACUGAAUCCUUGUUUCUUAUGCCAUCACAGACCACGGGAUGGGAAUAUUGUCCAUGGAAGGACUGCUCACCUUGUGGCCUGUUUCAAGUGUGCAAAGAUGCUGAAGAAAAAGAGAUCACCUUGCCCAGUGUGCAGGAAAGAGAUUGAGAUGGUGAUCAGGAUCUUCAUGGGGUAG